AUGUCUCGGAUUCAGUUCGAAGACGGCGGCGAAGGGAAUGGCAAUUCCUUACACCCAACAAAUAGUGAAGUCUCGAAACCGACGAGGCGACAACGAUGGGCGACUCGGCGCUUAGGAAACUCGAGCGGCCUAAAGAAGCGGGUUUCGAUCGUUGACCGACUCCAUAAACGCAAUGUCUCUGGUGCAGAAGAAAAGCGGAAUUCAGCUGGGAGCAGUGCCGGCGAUGGGAACGAUGGCGCGACCAACGAAGGCGCCGGCGCUGACGGCCAACAAGAGACGCGGCGAAUAUUCUUCAAUAUGCCCAUACCAGACGAAGAACGCGACGAGGAAGGGUAUCUGAAAGCGCAAUAUCCGCGGAACAAAAUUCGUACAGCGAAAUAUACGCCGCUGAGUUUCAUUCCCAAGAACUUGUGGCUUCAGUUUCAAAACAUUGCAAAUCUUUAUUUCUUGUUCAUUAUCAUUCUAGGUUUCUUUCCCAUUUUCGGUGUCACCAAUCCAGGUCUGAACGCCGUGCCUUUGAUUGUUAUUAUCAUCGUGACAGCCAUCAAAGAUGCGAUCGAAGAUUGGCGACGUACUGUUCAGGACAAUCAAUUGAAUAAUUCCCCCGUUUAUCGCUUGGUCGAUUGGACAAACGUCAAUGUCAGUGAAGAGGACGUAUCGUUGUGGCGUCGUUUCAAAAAAGCAUGCACCCGAUUUAUCAUCAAAACAUACAGAUCGAUGCAAAGGAACAAAAACAAGAAGGUGGAGGAGGAUUCCGCCGAGGAGGAUGACAGGCGAUUUUCCAUGGCAACCUAUCGCCAAUCCGUGUAUUCUCAACGACAGUCUUACUACGGCGAUGGCGCCGAAGACGGCAUUCAGAUGACUCCUGUUGCGUCCCCGCAUCCGGAUCCGCAGGUUGAGGGAAACGGAUGGCCAAAUGAGCCAAACGAUGGCAACCAACACCUGCAAGUUGCCAAGGCUGUGCGAGACAGCGUGGCUCCCGGCGGAAAGAGAGCGGGCACUAUUCUCGACCGCUCGAGACAGACGCCACAAACUGCGCGCUUCAAGCGAGAAUACUGGAAGAGUGUCAAGGUUGGCGACUUCGUUCGGCUGUACAACGGAGACCAAAUUCCAGCUGAUAUCGUCAUUCUUUCUUCUUCCGAUCCCGAUGGAGCUUGUAAUAUCGAAACCAAGAACCUGGAUGGUGAGACGAAUUUGAAAGUGCGCCAGGCCUUGAACUGUGGACGAUUAGUCAAGCACGCCCGUGACUGCGAGAGAACCGAGUUCUUCAUCGAGAGUGAACCUCCUCACCAGAACUUGCACAACUACAGUGCGGCAAUUCGAUGGCAACAGCGCGACGAGAAUGUUCCCAAUGGUCCACCCAAGGACAUGGUAGAGCCCAUCGGCAUCAACAAUCUUCUUCUUCGUGGGUGUAGUCUCCAAAAUACUGAGUGGGUUCUGGGUGUUGUUGUCUUCACCGGCCCCGAGACAAAAAUCAUGCUCAAUUCCGGAGAAACCCCUACCAAACGACCAGCACUUGCUCGGGCAAUGAACUUCCAAGUCAUCCCUAAUUUCACCAUCUUGUUCAUACUGUGCUUGGUUACCGGUAUCGUCAACGGUGUCAGCUGGGCUUCGCAAGGUUCUUGGACAUUCUUUGAGUAUGGAUCUUACGGUGGCAGCCCGCCAGUUGAAGGAAUCGUCGCUUUCUUCGCCGGUCUCAUCUUGUUCCAGAACUUUGUGCCGAUUUCUCUCUACAUCACUCUGGAGAUCAUCCGGUCGGUCCAGGCACUUUUCAUCUUUUAUGACCUCGACAUGGUUUACCAACGCCUCAAUAUGGCCUGUGUUCCUCGGUCUUGGAACAUCUCCGAUGACGUUGGUCAGAUUGAAUACAUUUUCUCCGACAAGACGGGGACCUUGACGCAAAAUGUCAUGGAGUUCAAGAAAUGUAGCAUCAAUGGUGUCAAAUACGGCGAAGCUUUCACAGAAGCUCAAUUUGGCAUGCAGCGUCGCGAAGGCGUUGACGUUGAAGCUGUAGCUGCCAAAGCCCAACAGGUCAUUGCUCAGGGCAAGGUGCGGUCACUGGAGCUUUUAAGAAAGAUUCAUGACAAUCCGUACUUGAUCGACGACAACUUAACAUUUAUCUCUCCGGACUUUGCGAUGGAUCUUUCUGGACAAUCCAAUGAUACCACCCAAAAGCAAGCAAUUGAGAGCUUUAUGAUUGCCCUAGCUCUCUGUCACACUGUCAUUACCGAACACACCCCGGGCGACCCCCCGCAGAUCGAAUUUAGGGCACAAUCGCCUGAUGAAGCUGCACUAGUGGCUACUGCCCGAGACUGUGGUUUUACCGUGCUAGGAAGGAAUGGCGAUGAUCUGAUUGUCAAUGUCUUGGGCGAGGAACGUGCUUACACUGUCCUUAAUUUGCUGGAAUUCAAUUCUACUAGGAAACGAAUGAGUGCGAUUAUUCGUAUGCCCGAUGGUACUAUCCGACUAUUCUGCAAAGGAGCUGAUAGUAUCAUCUACAAGCGACUUGCACGUGGUCAGCAACAAGAGCUUCGCAAAACUACAGCCGACCAUCUGGAGGAAUUUGCUCGCGAAGGCCUUCGAACUCUUUGUAUCGCGGAGCGGGUCCUUAGUGAAGAGGAAUACCAAGUCUGGAACGAAUCGCAUGAUCUGGCCGCCGCUGCUCUCGUCGAUCGGGAUGACAAGUUGGAGGAAGUCGCCAACGUAAUUGAACAAGAGUUGAUGCUUUUGGGAGGAACUGCCAUCGAAGACAGACUGCAAGACGGCGUACCGGAUACCAUCUCGUUGCUAGCCAAUGCUGGUAUCAAGUUGUGGGUUUUGACUGGGGACAAAGUUGAGACCGCCAUCAACAUUGGAUUCUCCUGCAACCUUCUAAACAACAAUAUGGAGUUGAUAGUUUUUAAUGUUCCCGCCGACAAGCCCGAGGCUGCUGCUUCAGAACUACAACGAUACUUGGACAAAUUUGGCAUCCAGGGCACUGACGAGGAAUUGAUCGCGGCUCGCCAGGAUCAUACUCCGCCUGCUGCCACUCACGCUUUGAUAAUCGACGGAGACACACUGAAACUCAUGCUCGACGAGGACCUGAAACAGAAGUUCCUUCUUUUGUGUAAAAGAUGCAAGUCUGUUCUCUGUUGCCGUGUGAGCCCUGCACAAAAGGCUGCCGUUGUGCAAAUGGUGAAGAAUGGGUUGAACAUCAUGGCAUUGUCUAUAGGUGACGGUGCCAACGAUGUAGCUAUGAUUCAAGAAGCAGACGUCGGUGUUGGUAUCGCCGGUGAAGAGGGCAGACAGGCCGUCAUGUCAUCUGACUACGCCAUUGGUCAAUUCCGCUUCCUACGGCGUCUCCUUCUUGUCCAUGGCCGAUGGUCGUAUCGACGCCUUGGUGAGGCCACUGCCAAUUUCUUCUAUAAAACGCUCGUUUGGACUUUUGCUCUUUUCUGGUAUUCGAUUUACAACAGCUUUGAUGGGUCCUAUCUUUUUGAUUACACCUAUAUCAUUCUGAUUAACUUGGCUUUCACCUCACUUCCUGUCAUUUUCAUGGGCAUCUUCGACCAGGAUGUCAGUGACAAGGUUUCACUUGAAGUUCCCCAGCUCUAUAUGCGCGGUAUCGAGCGCAAAGAAUGGAGCCAGCGCAAGUUCUGGCUCUACAUGUUUGAUGGCCUGUACCAGUCUUUGAUGUGUUUCUUCAUGCCGUAUCUGCUUUACAACCAGGCUAGGUUCCAGCGUGGAGACGGUCUGAGUCUCGAUGAUCGUCAGCAAUUCGGUAUUCUCGUCGCCUCGGCCGCAGUCAUCUCCAGCAAUACAUACGUUCUCAUGAACACGUACCGUUGGGACUGGUUGACUGUUUUGAUCAAUGCAGUCAGCAGUCUCCUUCUCUAUUUCUGGACCGGCGUAUGGACCGCCACCACCGCCUCUGCCCAAUUCUAUAAUCACGCAGCCGAAGUAUACGGAACGUUAGCGUACUGGACAGUGCUUUUCGUCACCGUCGUGCUUUGUCUCCUUCCCCGAUUCGCCAUCAAAGCUUUCCAGAAAGUGUUCUUCCCCACCGAUGUGGACAUUAUACGCGAACAGGUCACCCAGGGCAUUUAUCGCCGUGUCGAAAAAACCGACAAUGACGCGUUCGGUUCUUCCCAGGCCAACGCAGGUGGAAGUCCCGCUGGCAGCGAUGUUUCAGCGGUAUCUUCAGUGGUUAAACCCAUCGAGCCUCAGGUGAGCCGUGAUCCCAGAGUUCUUGAGGACGAGCGGCCGAUUUAUCCGCCUUCUAUCGCGCCGACAAACACCACUCACAAUCCGCGUAGUCAGAACGGUAGCAACGGGACCACAUUUACGGCGGACAGCUUUGAUUUUGGUACCAAACACCCUGCUGUCAAUUCGUGGGAACAACCCGAAGCAGGAUUAACGAUACACCACGGUCAGAAUCCCUCGGUGACAAGCACUGACUUUUCGAACGGCACUCCAUUGUUGCGAAUCGAAUCCGCCAACGGCAAGCCCCAGACGCCUCACAGUCCACUCAGGAUCCCGCAUGAUAUACAUGCUGUAUAG